GCUGUCAUUUCUCCCCAAGUCAUGGAAACCGGAGAUGGCGGUGGCGUUGUUGUCGUUGGACGGGUGGAGAUCGAUACCAGAGCACCCUUUCGAUCAGUUAAAGAGGCUGUCACGUUAUUUGGAGAAAAAGUCCUGGUUGGUGAAAUUUAUGCCAACAGGAUCAAAGAGAUGAAAGCUCAAGCAGGAGAAAGUGGGAAAGGUGAAUCCAAGAUUGCAGCCUUAACAGCCGAGUUAGUAGAAAUAAAGCAAAGCUUGCAAAAGGCACAAGAGGAAAACAAUUCCAUGUCGUAUAGCAUAAAAACUCUGAGAGAAGAUCUUGAACAAAAGAAAAAGGAGCUGCAACAGUUGAAGGCAAGAGAGCUCCACAGGCAACGGUUCGACCCCGAUAUAGAAGACCUCAAAUUCAUCGAAAACAAGACGAUGACACGAGAUGAAGAGCCGCAUGAUCAGUUCCAAAAGAAGAGAUACGUGAAAUUCGCUAGCCCUCCGUCAUUAACCCAAGUCAUUGCCAACAAAGACAACAUGCCAGAAAAAACAGACAGGGUUAUGAAACUUAGAAGGAAGACAUUUAUCCCAAUUAUCGGAUGGCUAUUUCCUAAGAAGAAAGCAAGCCAAGAAGAUGAUCAUCACUCCCUAAGAGCAAACGAGGUCCAGAGGCAUUUUUAG